UGAACAAGGCAAGUGAUGCUGUGCAGGGAACAUUUCUAAAGGCUUUUGUCUUGGUUAUAUCUCCUUUACGAUAACGAUUUGACUUUAAGAUGUUCCCAUCGUGCUGUUCUAAGCCCAAGAAUGGGUCUCAGUUGAAGAUGUCUUAUACCAAAGUGAUUUUUGGAGUGCUGGUGGUGUAUGUCCUCCAUACAUGCUGGGCCAUAUACGGCUUCAUACACACCAAACCCUGUGACAGCACCAGAGGUGACAGCUGCGUGACAUCUUAUCUCACUGCAAAGCCUCGACUGCAGCUCAGCCUCUAUUAUGCUCUGGACCCCAGUGAUGAGGCUGGACACAACCUUAUGUUCAAACUGGACAGAUUUGGCAUCAACUCCAAGUUUGAAAGAAAGGUGAGUUUUGCACUUCCUGAGAUGACACAUAAUAAUGGAACAGUCCAUGCUGUAGUGUUUGUACACAAGAGUGGAGUUUCACCUUGGAAAGACAGCCGAAAUGUGCGGCUUGUGACCCGUCUCACCUCUCAAAUGAUCCCACUUCAGUCUACUGGCACAACAUCUAAAGACACACAUGAGGCACCAGAGAAGCAGCAGAUUGUUUCUUACUGGAGAUCACGACUUAACUUGAACGUAAUGAAUGAGGACUUCACGUUUAGCAGUGCUGCAGUACCAAGCGACCUGCAGCGAUAUAUGAAAAUAGUUGAAGUUGGAAAAAAGGAAAAAAAGAAAUUGUAUCUGCCACUUCUCCUGAUCGAUGAUCUAAGAAGCCGACUGAAGGACUUAAUAGAGAUAAACAGCACCACAAAAGCUGUCCCGCUGACAAUAUCAUAUGAAACCAUAACCUUACGCAAAUUCAGAAUAUGGAUCCACAUACAAGCUGUCAUUUACUCACUCCAACAUUUUGGAUUUUCCGAGCAGAACCUUGAUGAAAUUAAAUCCAUGUUUAUUGAUAGCGGGCUGCAUGUCUUGGCUUUGUCUGUUCUCAUACCUGCAUUCCAUCUCUCAUUUGAAGUCUUUGCCUUCAAAAAUGACAUAAGAUUCUGGCGAGAAAAGAAGAGUUUUGCAGGCAUUUCUAAGAGAUCAGUGCUGUGGAGGUGUUUUAGCACCGUAGUAAUAUUCCUCCAUCUACUAGAAGAGCAAUCUGGCUGGCUCAUUCUACUGCCCAUUGGGGUUGCAGCUCUGAUUGAGUUGUGGAAGGUUAAUAAGGUCAUAGCACUUUGUCCUCAAUUUCAUGCAAAUGUUUUCUUGAAGGAUGAAAGAAUGGAUGAUUUUGAGCGAGCAACAGAAGAGUAUGACUCUAAGGCAAUGAAGUUCUUGUCAUAUCUGAUUUAUCCGUUGUGUAUCAGUGGGGCCGUAUACUCAUACUUAUAUCUCCAAAAUAAAAGUUGGUAUUCUUGGAUAACCAAUGGUCUUAUUAGUGGUGUUUAUGCGUUUGGAUUUUUGUCAAUGGUUCCUCAGCUGUUCAUCAAUUACAAGUUAAAAUCAGUAUCUCACCUACAGAUGUCCAUCUUAAUGUAUAAGGGCUUGAACACGUUUAUCAGUGAUGUAUUCAGUGGAGUAAUAACCACCCCUGGACCCCAUCAGCUAGCCUGCUUCAGGGAUGAUGUGGUCUUUCUCAUCUACCUCUAUCAGCGCAGGAUUUACCCUGUGAGCAAAUCCAGGUCUCACGAUUAUGGGGCAUCACACAGGAGGAAACCCAAAGUAAAGCCACAUGAGGACUGAGCGUCUACUCAGCAGAGUUCUCUGAGAGCUUGGCCUCUUCAUGCAUGCAAUACAGGAGAACCAUUAGGAAAUGAAAUGGGGCAUUGCAGUUGCCAAAUGUCCUCUCCUGUGUAUUCUUGUAAUCAGCCUGCUGACUGCUGUCUGUUGCAAAAAUUGACUGAGCUACACUUACAGUAAUUCCUCCUGGAACAACCCACAGCUGAAGAGAAUAGCAGAGCACAACUGCUUUACACUCGAACUUGUAUGUAGUAUUGACUCAGGCAGACCAGUGGAUCUCAGCUGGUGGGUUGCGACCCAAAAAUAGAUUGCAGGUCUGUUCUGAUGGGGUCGUGGACAGCAGGGGAAAUGAUUAUCAAAUGCAAGUAUUGAUAAAAUUGUGCAUCAUUAGGAUAUCAAAAUAAAUAGGCUUAUCACCUUUAAAAGGAGCUAGUGGAGAAGAUGCUUCUUUUGUUGAUGAUGUCAAAGGUCAUGCGUCAAAUCAAUCUCUGUGGUAUUUGGGUACAUAUACAUAAGUCACUAGGUAGAAAUUUGCCAAAUUAAGCAUGGAACCAUUUAAAAGAGAUUUAAGAGACAUUCAGUAUCAUGUUAAUUUGAAUAUAUAAAGAAUGUUGGCCCUAUGCAGUUCAAGGUAACAUUAAUACAUUUUAAUGUUUGAUUUUAUGGACUUUUUUGUUUUCUUAACCCUUUUAGCUUUAGUUUUAGUGGCAUACCCAAAAAUAAAGUCUUACAACUCCUAAAAAAAAAAAAAACAACAACAAAAAAUUUAAAAAACAAGGAAGGUCAAGUGUUUAUCAUUUUAAAGAAAAAUGUUCACUUAUUUUUAAUGAUAUAGUUUAAGU